CAGCAUCCCAUCCCCCAAAAUAAGAACAACAGACACGCGCUUGCCAAGUCUGACAAGGCGAGGAGUGAAAGUGGACUGCGGGACUCUUCGCUUUCACUUCGCUCUCGAGAAAGUUGAGAGGGCGCGGCGAGCCAUGUAGCCGACACCUGACACCACAGGAGACAGAAGUUCAGAAUGGACACCAUUACCGUCACCCCUAAGGGAGCCUCGCUGGCCUCGCCCAAGGUCGUCAAGAACUCCAAGGGGGCUAUUGUGCCGAGCAGCCAGAUGGCAUAUGUUGAGUAUGGCUGCGAGCACAUGCGAGACAUGAUGGAGAAUGCCCGGAAGCUCACCCUCCACAACUACAGAGCUAUCCUGCAAGACAUCCACGAGAAGCCGAGCGUGAUAGCUCAGACCCACAGGACGCCUGCUGCUGGCGACGGCCGGCCCGUUGUCGCCCUCAGACCCGUCUAUCUAUGUCUCCAGUGUCCGAGUGUGCUACCCGAGGCCGAGAGGGACCAGCAUGUGGAGGCGAAACUACACUGCUUCUCUGUCGAGUCUCGGGACGGGCACAUCUACUGCGGGAAUUGCCAAGAUUUCAUCUACGACCCUGACCUAGAGCUUCGGAGACUUCAGAAAGGCAAGAAACGCAAGCAUGAAGACCCCAUCACCACCGACGAGGUUAAACUCAUCGUGAACAACUCCACCUUCCUCCCCUGUCGAGCGAUCGGGCUCCGCGGCCUCUACAACAUGGGACAGACAUGUUUCAUGAGCGUCAUACUCCAGACUCUAAUACAUAAUCCGUUCAUCCGGAACUUCUACCUCGCAGAAGGACACCGGACCGUCGACUGCGAGAAGGAGGCAUGCGUGAGCUGCGCAUUGGACGAAAUGUUCGUCGAAUUUCACUCGGUUGAAAAGACUGAGGGCUUUGGCGCCGUCAGCAUGCUCCUGGGCAGCUGGCUGGCCGCGGAGGCCCUCGCAGGCUACCAACAGCAAGACGCCCACGAAUACAUGCAAUUCAUCCUCAACGCGCUCCACCUCCAGAACGGCGGCUCAUCGGAUUGCGACUCCGAUUGCAAAUGCAUAGUGCACCGGACCUUCUACGGAAAGCUCUCAAGCACAGUGACCUGUGAUAAAUGUCGGAAUGUGACAGCAACUUUGGAUCCGUAUAUGGACUUGAGUCUGGACGUUCGGAAUCAGUCCAAGAAGCGGAAAUUGAAUCUGCAGGAGAGCAAUGGAGACGACUCCUUCUCUCCGUUGGAUCUGAGAGAGUGCUUGGAGAGAUUCACUAGUAGGGAGAAACUGGCGGCAACUGAGUACACAUGCCAGAAUUGCGAUGGUCAACAGACUGUGACAAAGCAGUUGAGUAUCAAGAGGUUGCCGCCUGUUCUCCCUAUUCAUCUAAAGCGCUUUGAGCACAUGAAAUCCACAUCCUCCAAGAUCGAAACGAAAGUCAAAUUCCCCAUGAAGCUCGACCUCUACCCCUACACCACACAAUAUAAGGCCUCGCAAACGAAAGCCGCGAAGAUGUCCGGACAAUCGAAUACAAAUUACAACAUCAACACCCCAGCUCAUAGCAUACCGUACGAGCUUUCCAGCGUUAUUGUGCAUAAAGGCAAGAUGGACUCGGGACACUACGUCAGUUAUUCGAGAGAAGGGAAUGAUUGGUUCCUCUUCGAUGAUAGUAAAGUCGUUCUCGUGAGCGAGAAAGAGGUCCUAGGCGCGGAGGCGUAUUUGUUGUUCUACAUGGUCGGAGCUUUGGAGGUCUGAGGAAGAGUUGGGUGGACACACCUAGUUGUAUAGUACUAUCUGGACUGGAAGUAGUAUGGGCACUACCUACCUACAUUUGCAGGUGCAUCUUUCGGCGUUUUUUGGGGAGAGGGUUUUGGGCAUCGGAUUGACAGGGGGUCGAGUUUUCUUUCUCAUUCCAUUCUAUGGCAUACAUCUUGUGUCUAGAGAUGAGUAUGGCGUAUGAGGCUAUGUCGUGAGCUUGGGCUCUACUGGGGCUUCAUGUUUGUUUGCUUUGUUCGGAGAGGGAAGGGGGAUGUUUUGUUUAGUUUGCUCCACUGAUUGGCAUGGUGGAGCCACAGAUGUAGGAUAUUAUUGCUGGAAGCGCGAUAUGAGUAUGAACAUGGGUAAUGC